UUUGAAGCUUAAAAUUCUCAAGACACUUAUGAGACAACUGCAACGUCCAUUACUUGAGACUUCACGCUGGACUCGGACAUGCGACACCAACGUCGCCUUUGUGCUCCGCUUUGCAGCCCUCCCUCCAGUUUGGUUCAAAACUAACCCCACCUGAAACCUGGGCCCGGCCAAUGGGCUGCGGAGAUGUCAGCGCCUCCUUUGUUCGAAACCAAUCAGAGUGGAAGCGCGGCAUGUUGCCCGAGGGGGGGACAACUCAGGGCUGCCCGUGUUAAUCAUGCAUCACUUAGCCGUUGCCAAUGUGUUCACAACGCCAGACCCUCUUUUUGGCUUUUCACAGCAACUCUCUUCAUUUCUUGGGCCCACUUAGUAUGGAAAGUCAACAACAAUGGCUUAGCAGGCUCAAAGAUGAACUUAGCAGCAGUCCGCUGGUCUCCAACGUGGCAUUCGGCUUCAUCCUCAUGGGACUGGAGAAGCUGGUUGAACUGGAGUUUGAGUGUCCGUGCAACCCGACGUGGAACGGCGUGUUUUCGUCCGCCUUCUUCAUCCUCCCGGCCGUCAUGGCCUUCACCUUGAUGCUCAUCAUCCAGGGGUGCCGUUGCGACGUGUGGCGUCGCCGGACCGUAUCGCUCUCCAGCGUGGUGCCCGCCGUCGUCUGGCUCAUUUUGCUCUUCUUGGACGGCCAGUACUUUGCCUGCGCUAUGACAGACUGGGAGGGUAGAUUUGUGCUGGUGGACAGGGCGGCUCCGCAGAAGUGGUGCGAACCAAUAAGUGAUGGAGGUGUCCCCCAGCAAGAACUCAUGCUGCGUUCGCAGCAGCUCUUUGUUUUCUCUCAGGUACUAGGCAUCAUCCUGCUCAUCGCCAUCUGCGUGGGGCUCGUCAUCUACGUGAUCAGACAAAGUUGCCAACAAGAAGUGGAGGAGCUUCAGGAUACAGAGGUUGCCGAGCUCACCGUCCUCAGGAUGAGCUCUCUGCAGACCAGGACGUCUUGAGACACUUUGAGGAAAAUUGCUGAGAUCCAGAGGCCGGAUGAAUGUAACCACGUUUUUUAUAUUCUAAUAUUAUCAGCGUAUGGUCUAAUAGUCGACCAAAAGACAUUUUGGAGCAAGGUUUCUCGAAUUUCUUCAGCUGAAGACCCAAAUAUGGAAUUUGGUUCCUUUCCAGGUACCCAACCAUAUGAGAAUACUGUCGCUGCAUUCAGCGGAUCAGGACCGCUUUAAAAAAAAAGAGAAGUCUUGCGUUUCUUUUCAUUUGAGUUCAAACACAAACGCAACACAAACCAAAGAUGUUCAAGUGAAAGGAAUUAAUUUUAAUUAUUCAAUAUUUUGCAGAAAAAAAUGAUCAAUAAAUUUGUCAAAAUUCUCCCUCCA